AAACUGCAAACGUCUACCAGCCAGUCAACGCUCAUAUGUAUUAAGAGCGCAUAUGAAGAACCUACAAUUAUUGUUUUAGCAAAUUUUCAUAUCCUUAUUUCUCCCAAUCCUCCAUCAUGAAAAAUUUCAUCACCUGUCUCCCAUUUUUCCUUGUUUUUGGCUUCACUGGGGCAGUGUCUGCAACUUCUCUACAGUAUGACUCAGUUUUCAACUUUGGUGACUCUCUUAGUGACACUGGAAAUUUCCUUCUUUCUGGUGCCUUGGCAUUUCCUGUCAUUGGAAAGCUCCCUUAUGGCGAAACCUUCUUUCGCCACCCAACAGGGAGGUGCUCAGAUGGACGUCUAGUUAUCGAUUUCAUUGCUGAGGCAGCUGGGUUGCCAUAUUUGCCACCCUUUCUAGGGCUUGGCAAAGGCCAAGAUUUCAAACAUGGCGUGAAUUUUGCGGUUGCAGGAGCCACUGCACUUGACUCUAAAUUUUUCUAUGAGCAUAAUAUUGGGCAAAUUUUGUGGACUAACGAUUCACUGAGUGUUCAGCUUGACUGGUUCAAGAAGUUGAAGCCUUCCCUUUGCACUACUAAACAAGAAUGUGAUAAAUACUUCAACAAAUCACUAUUUGUUGUGGGAGAAAUCGGUGGAAAUGACUAUAACUAUGCCUCUUUUGUCGGUGGGAGCAUUAAACAACUUCGUGCUUCUGUACCACUCGUUGUUCAAGCAAUAGCUGGAGCUGCCACACUAUUAAUAGAGGAAGGUGCAGUAGAAUUGUUGGUGCCAGGGAAUUUGCCAAUCGGAUGCUCAGCAGUGUACCUGACCUUGUUUCAAAGCCCUAACAAAGAAGAUUAUGAUAAACAUGGGUGCUUGAAAGCCUACAAUGCUUUCUCCAAGUACCAUAAUAAACAGCUCAAAGGAGCCCUGGAGAUCCUCAGACUCAAGUACCCACAUGCAAGGAUUAUUUAUGCUGAUUAUUACGCUGCAGCCAAGCGUAUCAAUCACUCACCAAAUCGUUACGGAUUUUACAAUGGAGUCCUAACAGCCUGUUGUGGAGGGGGUGGACCGUACAAUUUCAACAAUUCAGCAAGGUGCGGUCACAUAGGUUCAAAAGCAUGUGAAAAUCCAUCCACUUACGCAAAUUGGGAUGGAAUUCACUUGACAGAAGCUGCAUAUAAGAUUAUAGCCAAGGGUUUGAUCUAUGGCCCUUUUUCUAGACCACCACUCAGAAAAUUUCCCCUGUAAACUCCUUCGGUGUUAUCGUAACUACAAAUAAAAAGAGUACGCACCGCCCACUGCCUAGUCUUUGUACUUUUCUAUUCUUUCUAUCACCAAUAAAAUUUUCUUAUCAAGAAAUCACUUCAUUUAA